CGAUCUUUCUCUUCUUCUGUCUCUCCUCCAAUCCAACAUCCAACGUACUGAGAAGAAGAAGAAGAUUGAACGAGUGUACAUGGACGACGUACGAGAAGAAGCCGACAAUAUUCCACCACUGACCGAGCAACAACCAAGAAUGCAGUGUUUGGAUGAUAUAAACGUAUUCUCACCGUUAGCAUCGAUCCCGUGUGAAUCAUCUGCUAAUUCUUCUCAAAUACUUCACACUCCUCAAGUUAAGAAUGACCUAAUACCGAAAAUCAACCAAGAGUUUGACAAUUUAGAUGAUGUUUGGAAAUUUUACAACCAUUAUGGUAAAGAAGGUGGAUUUGGUACGCGAGCGAGCUCUAGCAAGAGGAAUAGGGAUUAUGGAUGGGAGAAUUGAGUCUACUGGAAUAGUAUUUUUGUUUUACUAAUUGUUAGGAGUAAUAGUUUGAUCAAAAUGGAGUCUUAUUUUGGAGAAACUUGCUGGAUGGAAAUGCAAUAUUUAUGGAGGGUUUGGAGAAACUGCAUUCAUUAGUA